AUGAAGCCUCUGAGUGUUGAAUCUAGACAUUUUCUACUGAAAAAAAUCCGUGAAAAACACAAUGGAUAUGAAUGGAGCUCAGAGUUUGAAAGCCUAGUUUUAAAUUUAGUACACACUUUUACUAUUAGUCUUCACCGAAAAUGGUCCCAAUGUAACAGGACAAUUACAGUUUUUACUAAAAAACAUUCUGAAUGGCUUAAAAAGGAAUUCAUUUUACCAACUCUUCCAUCUCAAAUGAAUUAUAAGACUGUUGGUCGUCCGAAAAAAAAUUUUGAAACGUGCACAGAAAGAAUAAAAAAACAAAAAAUUUCAAAUGUUGUAAAAAGUUUUACCUCUCCAGAAUUGACAUACGCUGUAACCUCUAAAAUGCAUAAUUCGGGAAAAAGAACUGCAGUUUUACUUUUCAAAGAAUUAACGUCUAGUCCUAACCGAGAUUUAAAAAUGCGAAAAUCAUUAAAAAAUACUAAUGUAAUAUCUCUUCCAAUACCUUACUCUCCCAACGAAGCUACCUAUGGCAUUUAUCAUGGAUAA